AUGAGGCCAGGGGGCCCUGCGGCGGGCGCCAGCAACCAGCUUGGAGGCCGGGCCCGCCCGCGCUCUACUCGCGCUGCUAGCGCCCAGCCUGCAGCGGCCAUCGCCCCGCGGGACUGCGCUGCGCUCGCCCAGGCAGAAGAGUUAACUGCCAGUCUGCACAGCUUCAAGAACAAGGCCUUUAAAAAGGCCAAAGUCUGUGCGGUUUGCAAGCAAAUUAUUGACGGUCAAGGAAUUUCAUGCCGAGCCUGCAAGUAUUCUUGCCACAAGAAAUGUGAAGCCAAGGUACUGGAGGUUUCCACACUACCCACGUCUCUCUGCUGUAAUAAGACUUCCAGGUGA